CAUCUAAUUAUAAUAACGUCUCUCUCUCUCACACACACACAGAGCCUCUUUUUCGUUUUCACUACUCUCGGGAGACAAAGCACAUGGUGUUUGUUUUCGCCGGCGUCGAGUCGCAAGGAUGAUCUCUAUUACCUCAUCGGAGCUGAACUACCUCGUUUUCCGGUACCUUCAAGAAUCAGGGUUUACGCAUUCAGCAUUUGCUUUAGGAUAUGAGGCGGGGAUUAAUAAGAGCACAAUAGAUGGAAAUUUAGUUCCCCCUGGUGCUCUGGUUACCUUUCUACAAAAGGGAAUUCAGUAUCUUGAAUUGGAAGCAAAUUUGAGCAAUGAUGACACAGAUAUGGAUGAAGACUUCCAGUUCUUACAACCCAUUGAUCUUAUCACGAAGGAUGUAUAUGAGCUGCAAAAAAUAAUAAAAGAAAAAAAGGAAAAGCUUCGGCAAGAUAAACCUAGGGGAAAAGACAAGGAUAACAACGUCCAUGAGAGGGAGCAUGGACGAGAACCUGCUAGAGAAAGGGAGAAGGAAAAACAAUUGAAGGAAAAAGAGCAAGAUCGAGAUCAGGAGAGAGAGAAGAUUGAGAAGGAUAAGGAGAGAGAGAAAAAUAAGGACAAAGAAAAACCACGUGAGGAUCUCAUGGACGCGAAAGCCAAUGGAGAUAAAGAUGUUGUCAGACAUGAGGAGAAUGGAAAGACUGCAGGUAUUAAAUCUCAAUAUCCUAAUCUUUAUGAACUUUACAGCUGCAAGCCAUCCUGGAAUAUGCAUGCAUCUGAUACAUUUGGUUUGAAUUUUGUUAAUCACAUUAUAAAGCAUAAAAUUCUUAAUCACUUGACUUUCUGGAGCUGCAAAACAGAUCCAGAGCCAAUGGAGGUUUGCACAAGCUCUACCUCGCUGCCAUGUGAAAUCCCGAGUUCUGAUGUAAUGGUUUUGGAAGGCCAUACAUCCGAGGUUUUUGCAUGUGCCUGGAGUCCAGACGGUUCACUUCUUGCAUCUGGAUCUGGAGAUUCUACUGCUAGAAUUUGGACAAUUGGAGAUGGUCCUUGUCAUUCUCGUAUGCAAAAUGGGCCUGUAGAUGUCAUGGUAUUGAAGCAUUUUAAAGGUCGAACAAACGAGAAAAGCAAGGAUGUCACAACACUCGAGUGGAACGGCGAGGGAAACCUACUAGCAACGGGUUCUUAUGAUGGUCAAGCUAGAAUCUGGAACCGAGAUGGGGAACUGGUAAAUACUCUAAUCAAACAUAAAGGGCCUAUCUUCUCGUUGAAGUGGAAUAAGAAAGGUGAUUAUCUCCUUAGUGGUAGUGUAGACAAAACUGCCAUUGUGUGGGAUGUAAAGUCAGGCGAAUGGAAGCAGCAGUUUGAAUUUCAUUCAGCUCCGACUCUUGAUGUUGAUUGGCGAAACAACAAUUCCUUUGCAACCUGCUCCACUGAUAACAUGAUUUACGUUUGUAAAGUUGGAGAGAGUCGGCCUGUCAAAACUUUCUCAGGACAUCAGAGUGAAGUCAAUGCAAUCAAGUGGGACCCCUCAGGCUCCUUGUUGGCAUCGUGCUCUGAUGACACCACGGCUAAGAUAUGGAGCGUGAAACAAGAUGCCUGCGUGCAUGAUUUCAAAGAACAUGCCAAGGAGAUCUAUACCAUCCGAUGGAGUCCAACUGGCCCUGGUACGAGCAACCCAAAUCAACAAUUGUUGCUGGCCAGUGCCUCUUUUGACUCCACAGUGAAGCUAUGGGAUGUAGAACUUGGCCGUCUCCUUCACAGUCUGAAUGGCCAUAGGGAUCCCGUGUAUUCUGUUGCAUUUAGUCCAAACAGCGAGUACUUGGCAACCGGGUCAUUGGAUAGAUGCUUGAACAUAUGGUCUGUGAAAGAGGCCAAGAUCAUAAAAACUUACAGUGGAAAUGGUGGAAUCUUUGAAGUUUGCUGGAACAAGGAAGGCAACAAGGUUGCUGCUUGUUUUGCGGACAAUGUGGUCUGUGUCUUUGAUGUUCGGAUAUAGAUGUUGUGGAACAAACAGGCAAAGAUAAUGUUGAAGAUGGUCGAGAUCGUUUAAGCACUUGGAACAAGUAAUACCUUAAUUUGUGACAGAACUCUCCUUGGACGUAUGUACAAUUGUAGGACAAACUGAAUAUUCAACAAAUCAUAUUUGGAGUACAUUGUAGAUAGUGCAGGUAAGUAUUAUGGCACUGACGUAGGUUUAGGUUUUGGCAGAGCUGAAACUGUAAUUACUGACUGUUGCACUGCGUUGAAGUGAGGAAGCUGCAGUGGCAGUGACCGCACUGUUAUGAUUUAUUUGUUGCUCAAAUGCUGACAUUGAGUUGUUUAAUUUCAUUGUCCCCCUAGUAUCAGGUUGA